AUGCCUUUGAUGGUCUGCCGACGGCUGUGGCUCCGACCUGGCAAGACCUAUUUGUUUGGCAGAACGGCAUCUGAGCCUGGCCAGCUAGCAAUAUCUCAUAGCACCAUUUCGCGGAAGCACUUGACGAUUACUGUAGAGUCGGUCGAAGACGGAUUUGCGCAUCAUUUGACUAGCCGAUCAAAACUUACGAUCGAAGACUUGGGCACAAAGAUUGGCACAGUUGUUAGUGGCCGCAAAAUACGGGGUGACAAAUAUGUUACCACCGACGCCGAAGUCGAGGUUACAAUGGGUAAAUGCCCAAGCAAGUUCAGGAUCACAUGGUUUUCCGUCAUCUUCACGUUCUCGUUUACGAACAAAGAGUUACAAACCGACCCCCUCACUGGUCUACGACAACAAUUCGAGCAGCUUGACAUUAAGCUAUUGACCGACUACAAUAUCGAGCACACGACACAUGUUGUGUCACGGAAACGCAAUACAGCCAAAGGGCUACAAGCGCUAAUAAACGGGAAAUAUGUCGUCACCGAGACAUUUUUGGACGCAAUUACAAAAGCCGCUGAAGUCACGGAAGCUUCCGAGCCGAGUCUUUUGGAGCAAGAUUUUGGAACGAACUGGCCGAGUGCAAUGGACCACUUGCCACCGCGCGGAGGCGAGCCUGUACAGCACCCAGAUGCUAUAUAUGCACCGGAUGCCGGUAGAAAAGAUGUUUUUGAGGGCUAUACCUUCAUCUUUUAUGACAAGACCCAAUACAGCAACCUGAUGGCACCGAUCACAAAUGGCGGUGGGAAGGCAAUUUUCGAAAUCAUUAAACCUGGCGAGACCGUCACUGAUGAUUUUGUACGCUAUGUUAAGGAGGUCGCAGGAGAAAAGGGACUUGGCUCCUUUGAAGAUGGAAGCGAGGGCAAGGGCGUUGUACUUGUGAGAUACUUGCCGGCCAAAGGCGAAUACAUCGACUGGUAUACCCAAUUCAUAACGGCAGUCUCUUUGCGAUUGGAUCACAGACCUAUAGAACAAAACGAGUUUUUGGAAGCCAUUUUGACCAAGGAUGCCAGCAAACUUCGAAGACCGUUGGAAGUCGAAUCAGCGCCAGCCAGCCAAGUAGCCAACGAAACUGGCCUCGAAGCGGGAUCAACAGAUAAUGUCACAAGUGCGCAACCUGAGCAAGCCUCCGAGGAACAACCACGGACCAGGAGGAACCGAACCCGGAGACUGGUGAAGCGACGCUUUGCAGGAUUUGAUGAUGAUGCUGACAUUGAUAUGGAUGAGCCCGCUGCGGUGUCUGUGCCCCGGGAUUCUGCACCAAGCCGAAUGCAAGAAGAUGAGGGUGGACUGUUCGUCUCGCAGGAUGCCCACUUGGGUGAAUCGCAACUACCUCCUGAUAUGGAGGACGCUUCAUCGAAGAAAAGGAGACCAUCAAUAGAGGAUGACCUCAUGGACGGCAUGGCACCAGCUGUGGCCAGAUUUAAGCGACAGCGCUUAGAAAGAGGCGAAGACUUUGCCUCUCCUUCGCCCGAGCCCGAGACAGAGCCUGCCAAAGCCCCGACAAAGAAAAAGAAAGAGAAGAUGGACGUGCUGGCCAUGGCUGCUCGUCACCGUGAAGAAGAGGAAGCGAGAGCUCGUGCUGAGCGUGAAGACCUAGCCAAUCUACCCGAUGACAUUGACCUCGCUGAAAUCCGCCGUCUGAAUAUAGUGGAGGAAAUAGAAAUCCGACUACCGGCCCGAGAAACCAGGAGUAGAGACCAGGAUGUUGCAGAUGGCCGCUGGAAUCCAAAAUGGAACGGUGUAAAGAACUUUAAAAAGUUUCGUGCCAGAGGCGAAGCAACCGGGAGACAGCCCGUGAGGACUAUUAUUGCUUUGCAAGAAGUCAAGAAUAAAGAGUUUGGAAUAGGCGAUAAUUACUGGCUCGAGGAUGAAAGCGCUGACCGAAAAAGGUCGCUCACUGGUGUCCGUUCUGGUCAGAAUACGCAAAACUCAGCGUCAGCCGUGGAGCCUUCACCUCGAAAGCGCGUCACACAUGUCGUCGUUUCAGAGAGUGAGGAGGAAGACGAGGUGCCUCAGAGCAUACCGGCAGAAAAACAGGCUGGCCCUACCGGGACAAGUAGCACGAAAAUCACGGCUACACCAUCCCAAGCCAAUUCGACCAUGUCAUCGACUAGACAGACUAGGGCUACCCAAGAGAAGAGACCGGCUGCGGAUUCCUUGCCAGGCCAGCGAGCCAAGAGGCCAAGAUCGACGUUGCGAGCCAUGGAUGUUGCUAAUAGUGACGAAAGCGAGGAUGAGCUUAAAUUUACAUUCGGCAAGCGACGAUAG